AUGCUACCUACCGCUACCAAGAAGCCACCGUCGAUGAGGGCAUUGACGGCUCGUUUGAAGGAAAUCAACCUGUCCUUCAACGAUAUUUUGCGGUUUGUGCAAACGUUUAGAGAAACCAACACCGCUACUGAGGUUGAGGUACGCCUGGGUAAGUUGGAUCAACUUUGGGAAAGUUACAGUGAAGUCUUAGUGGAAAUCUUCGCCCACGAUGACUACAAACCGGAAAGUGCCACGCUAGAGAAGGAGCGUACGGAGUUCAGCGAUCGCUACUAUGAAGCGAAGUCGUUUUUAAUGGACAAAGCCAAGGAUUUCCAAGGAGCACAGGAAUUGGAACAGUCCAUGCGAACAAGUGAUGCUUCGGUGCACGGAUCCGUUGAUCACGUUCGUCUGCCACAGAUCAAACUGCAAACUUUCAAUGGUGACAUCGAUGAAUGGCUUAGCUUCCGUGAUUUAUAUACGUCACUCAUCCAUUGGAAGGUGGAUCUACCAGAUGUGGAAAAGUUCCACUACCUUAAAGGGUGUCUGCAAGGGGAACCAAGGAACCUGAUCGAUUCUCUACCGAUCACGAAGGCCAACUACCAGGUGGCCUGGGAAUCAUUAUUGCGCCGGUACAAUAACAGCAAGCACUUGAAAAAGCGGCAGGUAUUGGACUGUCUACCAUCGAGGUCUGUUAACACUAGGGGUGUUCGUCAGACACAAUCACAACAGAAGCAGAAAUCAUCAUCGGUGAAGGCCAGCUAUGGUUCAACCCAAACGUCUGGGGGACGCUGCGUGGUCUGCUCAACAAAUCAUCCGCUUUAUCAGUGCAAUGCUUUCCAACGGCUGGAGGUUUCAGACAGAGAUGCUCUUCUGAAGACACACUCGCUCUGCCGGAAUUGUUUCAAGGCCGGACACUUGGCUAGGGAAUGCCAAUCCAAAUAUUCUUGUCGGCACUGUAAGGGUCGCCACCACUCACUGGUGUGUUUCAACCCAAAAGGAGAUGGUGAUAAACGGGUAUGGGCUGCUGCUGGAUGCAACAAACCUAUUCCUCCUGAAGAUCCAUCGAAAUCUCGUUCCAUCCAAGUAGCUAGCAUGACAGCUACGAAUGCAUUGGUGUCUGGUACGGUCCACCAGCAUGCAUCACAGGUACUGUUGGCAACGGCUGUCGUUAUAAUUGAGGAUGACAAUGGCUGUCGCCAUCACGCUCGCGCUCUUCUGGACUCAGGGUCGGAGAGCAAUUUUAUCACUGAGCGAUUGAGUCAGCUGAUGAAGGUAACUCGCGACCGAGUGGAUAUAUCGGUGCUCGGGAUCGGACAAGCGACCAUCAAGGUCAAACAAACGGUACACGCAUUGGUGCGCUCACGAGUGUCUCAGUUCUCACGUGAACUAGACUUUCUGGUUCUCCCGAAGGUGACGGUGAACCUGCCAACAAUCAGAGUGGAUACGAAUGGAUGGUCGCUUCCAAGCGGAAUUAAACUGGCUGAUCCCGCAUUUUUCGAACCGAACGCAGUGGAUCUCGUUCUCGGUAUCGAACACUUUUUCGAUUUCUUCGAAACUGAUCGAAGAAUGUCCCUGGGAGAAGGUAAUCCAGCUCUCCAUGAGUCCGUAUUUGGAUGGAUAGUAAGCGGUGGUGUCUCUGUUCCAUCUCGCUCUCUCCAAAUCACAUGCAAUGUAUCGACGCUGGAUGAGUUAGAUGCAUUGAUCUCUCGUUUCUGGUCCUGUGAGGAGGUUGAGUCAGGCAAGGCUCACUCGCCGGAGGAAACGCGUGUGAAGACAUCUUUGUCAGCACAGUACAACGAGGUUCGGACGGUCGGUACACCGUCUCACUACCGAUGA